GGGAGCUGUAUUUCUCUGUGUGAGGGUUGUUGUGUCGCUUUCUCUGGCUCGUUUGGGUCUCUGCUGGGGGGUAAUGGACUGUAUGACGUCAGAUUGACGUUUUGGGCUCGGGGGGUGAUGGAGAUGGGCGAAAUUCGCCGUGUGCCGGAUGAGGCGAGGAAGGUGAGAAAGGCUGCCGGGUUGGAUCAUUUCGGUGAGCUGUUAUGGUCUGGGAGAUACCUGAUGAUCUCAUCGAGGCACUCGUCCGCAAAAUUGGUGGCGAGAUGCGACAAAUCGGCCGAGUCUUCGAGACCAAAACGAAGGUGAGCAAGAGCAAGAUGCCUGCCGGCUUCGGAUCAUUUCGAUGAGGAAAUCUACAUGUAUCUGGAAAACUACUUGGAGAUCACAUCACGGCACUCUUACGAAAAUACGACUUCGGGAUGCGACAAAUCGGCACGAAUCCCCGCGUACGGCGCUCGUGACAAAUCCGUACGGUUCGAGAUGCAACAGCCGACUUCACAAGCGAGCUACGCGACGAAUCAGGCCACAUCAUCGACUUUCCGAUCGGGGCAACCUUGUGAUCACCAAGUUGGCGCCUGAUCUCUGUGCUCAUCUUCUGAGAACGUCAGGAGCAUCCCGUGCGCCCAUGGGGCCGCCCUCCGGUCUGGCGCGUCCCACGCGUCCAUGGAUCGGGGGCGUCCCACGCGUCCAUGGGCCGGUCUUCCGAGCCCCAAAAUCGGCUGGCCUGAAAACCGUUCUCCGAGGGCUCUCCGAGACUUAUACCUUUUCGGACGACCUUCGUCAUUGUGAGCAACCUUAUUUCCAGGUGUGGCAAAAGAAUCGAGCCAGAUCGUGGAUUGCGAUUGCCGAGAAAAUGAAUCGGUGGUAGGGGGCUGGGAGUGGAGAGGGUGAAAAGUCGAAGAGCGCGGGCAGCCAGCCGAAUAAGCUGCGCCGGC